CGCCGCAAAGCGAGCAAACUGAGGCGGCGGCGGCAAGAGGAGGGGCUUCGUUUCGCACUGCGGCUUCUGGAGAGAAGCUGAAGCGGCGGCUGGGCGAGAGCCGCCGACCGCUCGCACUUCCCUGGUGCGGCUGCCGCCACCGGUGCGCAUCAUCAUCGGCGACGGCUUUGCAGAAAUCCCGAGGCGGACGCCCGGCUCCUCGGUUACUCCAAGCGCUAUAAAGCGCCGGAGUGGGCGGAGUACGACAAGCUCUCGCCGCCGCCGCCGCCGCCGCUACACCUAUUCAUUCAGGCGAUCACCUAAAAUGGCUGGAGAGAGCCGAAGGUGGUGGUGGUGGCAGGGGGGGAGGAGGAGGAGGAGGAGGUGAAGCGAAGGCAAAAGCCGCCACCGUCGCUGCAGCAGGAGCAGGAGCAGCAGCAGCAGCAGCAACCUGGCUCCUUGAGAGCGCUUCUCUUCGAGUGUGGGUGUGCACGUUACAAGACACCCCACCUUCUCUCUCCCCCCCCCCCCCGUUUGGGUUUACGGGGGUCCCCCCCCCCCCCCCCAAAAAAAAAAAAUCUGCUUGGACUGAAUGCUCCUCCGAGCGUUUGCUUGGCUUCAGCCUUUUUGAACCAUGUCGACGACCGGCCCAGACGAGAGCUCCGUCCGCGUCGCCGUCAGAAUCAGGCCUCAGUUAGCCAAAGAGAAGAUAGAAGGAUGCCACAUCUGCACAUUGGUCACACCUGGUGAACCUCAGGUGUUUCUAGGAAAAGAUAAGGCCUUCACUUUUGAUUAUGUGUUUGAUAUUGAAUCUCAGCAAGAGGACAUCUACUUACACUGCAUAGAAAAAUUGAUUGAAGGCUGCUUUGAAGGAUAUAAUGCUACUGUAUUUGCUUAUGGCCAGACAGGAGCUGGUAAGACUUAUACAAUGGGCACAGGAUUUGAUGUCAAUAUAAUGGAAGAGGAACAGGGUAUUAUACCACGAGCUGUAAAAUAUCUGUACAAGUGCAUUGAAGAGAAAAAGCAUGUGGCUAUUCAACAGGGGCUUCCACCUCCAGAAUUUAAAGUCAAUGCUCAGUUCUUAGAGCUUUACAAUGAAGAAGUUCUUGACCUGUUUGAUUCAACACGUGAUAUUGAUUCAAAGAACAAAAAGUCAAAUAUCAAAAUCCAUGAAGAUUCAUCAGGUGGAAUAUAUACAGUGGGAGUCACAACACGGACCGUGAACGCAGAAUCAGAGAUGAUGCAGUGCUUGAAGUUGGGGGCUUUAUCUCGAACUACUGCCAGCACACAGAUGAAUGUCCAGAGCUCACGUUCACAUGCCAUCUUCACCAUCCAUUUAUGCCAGACUAGAGUUUGUCCACCACUUGAUGCUGACAACAUGACAGACAACAGAAUGAUAAUGGAGUCCUCUCAGCUGAAUGAGUUUGAAACUCUUACCGCUAAGUUUCAUUUUGUGGACCUGGCAGGAUCGGAACGAUUAAAACGUACAGGGGCAACUGGAGAACGAGCCAAAGAAGGAAUAUCUAUCAAUUGUGGACUUCUGGCAUUGGGCAAUGUAAUAAGUGCGCUGGGAGAUAAGAGUAAGAAGGUGACUCAUGUACCAUACAGAGAUUCGAAAUUAACACGACUAUUGCAAGAUUCUCUUGGAGGGAAUAGCCAAACAGUCAUGAUAGCUUGUGUAAGCCCUUCAGACAGAGACUUCAUGGAAACGCUGAACACCUUAAAGUAUGCAAACCGAGCAAGAAAUAUCAAGAAUAAGGUGAUGGUUAAUCAGGACAGGGCCAGUCAGCAGAUCAAUGCUCUGCGAAGUGAGAUAACUCGAUUGCAGUUGGAACUCAUGGAAUAUAAAACGGGUAAAAGGAUUAUUGAUGAGGAAGGUGUGGAAAGUAUUAAUGACAUGUUUCAUGAAAACGCCAUGCUGCAAACAGAGAACAACAAUCUGCGAGUUAGGAUAAAGGCAAUGCAAGAGACUAUCGAUGCUUUGAGAGCUCGAAUCACACAGCUUGCCAGUGAUCAGGCCAACCAGGUCCUUGCUAGAGCAGGAGAAGGUAAUGAAGAAAUCAGUAAUAUGAUUCAUAACUAUAUCAAGGAAAUUGAGGAUCUCAGAGCUAAGCUAUUUGAAAGUGAAGCAGUGAAUGAAAACCUUCGGCGCAACUUAUCAAGAGCUUCGACAAGGUCAACAUACUUUGGUGGAAGCUCAGCAUUUUCUGCUUCGAUGCUUCCCUCUGAUCAGGAGACGAUUGAAAUCCUGGAUAUAGCUAAAAAAGAUUUAGAAAAACUGAAGAAAAAGGAAAGGAAGAAGAAAAAGAGGCUGCAGAAACUUGAGGAAAGCAGUCAAGAAGAACGAAGUGCGGUUAAAGAAGAAAACACAGAUAAUGAACAGGAAAAAAAAGACGAAAAGGGCAUUUCUGAAAGAGAGAGUAAUGACCUAGAAGCAGAAGAUGGACAUGAGCACAGCGAUAAUGAGGAUGACGAGGAAGAAGAAGAUGAAGAUGAAGAUUUGGAGGUGGUUGAAAGUUCAGAUGAAUCCGAUUCGGAUUCUGAUGAAAAAGUGAAUUAUCAGGCAGAUUUAGCAAACAUUACAUGUGAAAUUGCCAUAAAACAGAAGCUCAUUGACGAACUAGAGAAUAGCCAACGAAGGCUUCAGACUUUGAAAAGGCAGUAUGAAGAAAAGCUAAUGAUGUUGCAGCACAAAAUUCGAGACACACAGCUUGAAAGAGAUCAGGUGCUUCAGAAUCUGGGUUCCGUGGAGACCUGCUCAGAAGAAAAAGCAAAAAAGAUUAAAAGUGAAUACGAAAAGAAGCUUCAAUCCAUGAAUAAACAACUGCAGAGGCUUCAGGUAGCCCAGAAGGAGCAUGCACGAUUACUUAAAAAUCAGUCACAAUAUGAAAAGCAACUGAAAAAAUUGCAGCAGGAUGUGGCAGAAAUGAAGAAAACGAAGGUUCGUUUGAUGAAACAAAUGAAGGAAGAACAAGAGAAAGCCAGGAUGAAUGAAUCUAGAAGAAACAAAGAGAUUGCACAGCUUAAAAAAGAACAGAGGAAACGAGAGCAUCAGCUAAAACUUCUGGAAGCUCAAAAGAGGAAUCAGGAAGUUAUUCUACGUCGCAGAACCGAAGAGGUUACAGCUCUUCGUAGACAAGCCAGACCUAUAUCUGAUAAGGUGUCUGGGAGAGUGAGUCGGAAGCUGAGUCUACCUGAGCACUCAAAUCAAGAAGCUGCAUCCUCAGUAGACAGUGAUGGAUCAAAAGUGGUCCCCCAACAGAAGAUGAGAAUACCCGUAGCAAGAGUCCAGGCAUUGCCAGCAACAAAUGGAACCAAGAGCAAAUAUCAAAGGAAAGCAAUGACUUCAAGAGUUUAUACUUCCAGGAGUGCAAGAAUGAAAUGGCAAUUACUUGAACGGAGAUUAACAGAGAUUAUUAUGCAGAAAAUGACCAUAUCUAAUAUGGAAAGCGAUAUGAAUAGAUUAUUGAAGCAACGUGAAGAACUUACCAAAAGGAAAGAAAAGCUUUCCAGAAGAAGGGAGAGAAUAAUCAAAGAGGGUAUCCCCGAUACAGAUAAAAGCAUCCAUAAUAUCAAUGAAGAGAUGGAGUCAUUAAUGGCCAAUAUAGAUUACAUCAACGAUAGUAUUUCUGACUGCCAAGCAAAUAUCAUGCAAAUGGAAGAAGCCAAGGAGGAAGGAGACACUUUAGAUGUUACAGCUGUUAUUAGCGCCUGUACUCUGACUGAAGCUCGUUAUUUACUUGAUCAUUUCCUUACUAUGGGCAUUAAUAAGGGUCUCCAAGCAGCUCAAAAAGAGGCUCAGAUCAAAGUUCUUGAAGGACGCCUUAAGCAAACUGAAAUCACCACUACUACCCAAAACCAACUCUUAUUUCACAUGUUGAAAGAGAAAGCAGAAUUAAAUCCUGAACUAGACGCUUUAUUGGGCCAUGCUUUACAAGACCUAGAUAGCAUACCAUUGGAAAACGUGGAAGACAGUACUGAUGAAGAGGCUCCUUUGAAUAGUCCUGGGGCUGAAGGAAGUUCUUUAUCUUCAGAUCUUAUGAAACUUUGUAGUGAAGUCAAGCCUAAAAAUAAGGCACGCCGUAGGACAACAACCCAGAUGGAGCUACUUUAUGCUGAUAGUGGUGACUUAGCAUCGGAUGUCAGUGCUGUAGAGUCAGCUGUGUCGAGUCCUCUAACUUCGGUUGCAGAAGCUCAAGAAAGUGGAAUGGAUUCUGACACGAAAGAACCUUCUGCCAGAGACAGAGAAGGCCUCCUGUUGCAGUUCCCCUUGCCUUCUAAGGCUGCCGGCAUGUCCAAACAGUCAUCAUCUCCAACAGAAAAAAAAAUACCAGAACCGUCACCUGUAUCAAAGAGAAAAAGCUAUGAUAAAUCCAUAGAUAAGCCAAAGUCAAAAGAACAAAAACACUCAGAUUCUGGAACCUCAGAGGCUAGUCUGUCACCUCCUCCUUCCCCACCAAGCCGGCCCCGUAAUGAAAUGAAUGUUUUUAACCGUCUCACUGUUUCUCAGGGAAGCCCAUCAGUUCAGAAGGAUAAGUCUGAUGAAAGUGAUUCUUCCCUGUCGGAAGUACACAGAGGCAUAAUCAACCCAGUUUCUCCAAAAUAUGUCCGACCCUCCCCAGUUCAAUGUAUCUAUAUUGCUGAAGGUCAUAUGAAGGCUGUGCUUUGUGUUGAUUCUACUGACGAUCUUCUCUUCACUGGAUCAAAAGAUCGCACCUGUAAAGUAUGGAAUUUGGUUACUGGACAGGAAAUCAUGUCUCUGAGUGGUCAUCCUAACAAUGUUGUAUCUGUAAAAUACUGUAAUUAUACUAGUUUGGUGUUCACAGUCUCAACAUCUUAUAUUAAGGUGUGGGACAUCCGCGAUUCUGCUAAAUGUAUCCGAACUCUAACAUCUUCAGGCCAGGCAAUGCCAGGGGAUGUUUGCUCUGGAAAUACCAAUAGAACAGUUACAAUUCCAGCUGGUGAGAACCAGAUAAAUCAGAUUGCCUUAAAUCCAACAGGCACUUUUCUAUAUGCAGCUGCAGGAAACGUGGUCAGAAUGUGGGACCUAAAGAGAUUUCAGUCUACAGGAAAACUAACUGGUCACUUGGGCCCAGUUAUGUGUCUCACAGUAGAUCGUAUUUCUAAUGGACAAGAUCUCAUCAUUACUGGCUCCAAGGACCAUUAUAUAAAGAUGUUCGAUAUAACUGAAGGAGCUCUUGGAACUGUAAGCCCUACACACAACUUUGAACCUCCUCAUUAUGAUGGCAUUGAAGCGCUUACUAUUAUGGGUGACAACCUUUUUAGUGGAUCCAGAGAUAAUGGAAUUAAAAAAUGGGACUUGGCUCAAAAAGACCUAAUUCAGCAAGUUCCCAAUGCUCACAAGGACUGGGUUUGCGCUCUUGGUGUCGUUCCUGAUUCCUCUGUGCUAUUGAGCGGCUGCCGAGGAGGCAUUCUGAAGCUCUGGAGUGGAGACACAUUUGCCCCAAUCACUGAACUGAAAGGACAUGAUAGUCCCAUUAAUGCCAUCUGCUCCAAUCCCAGCCACAUUUUUACUGCAUCCGAUGAUCGAACUGUGAAAAUCUGGAAAGUUCCCAGCAGUCUAGAUGGACAGGUCUCUGAUCCAGGUGAUACAACUGAAGAUAUUGUCAGUAACUGAACAAGAGUUGCACUGCUAAACUUCUCAACCUCUGAUGAUAAGCUUUGCUCUCACUGAAGUUGCUCUGCAUUUAUAGGCAAAUGGUAAUUACCUGAAAGGAUUGUUAAUUGUUCCACUGUUAGGCAUUUGUAUUCUGCUAAAUACCGCUGCCCUUAAGAGCUGCCUUAUGUAUACCGCGUUCAAACUGUUGGUUUUAUAUAUCUUUGUCUGGGUUUGUGUGACUGCUUGUUCUAACCUAUCAUAGCUUAAUUCGUGUGUGUGUGUAUAAAUAAGACUUAGCAAAAUCAAACUGGAUAUCUGUGAUCUUGAAUGAUGGUCUGAAAACUGUAAUCUAGAAUGUGAAGUUGCCCUACGUACCUCACAUUGACCCUUCUGUGGAAUGAAACUUCACAGUUAUCCAAAAUAUACCGGUGUAUUUUAUCUCAUUUUCCAAAGCCUUUAACAGAAGAGAAUAGAGGGGUCCUAAUACAUUUACUUGAAUUUUGCUGCUGUAUGAAAUAUUAAGACUGGAGUGUCAAUAAACUGGAAGAGAUUACUGCUCCUGACACGGUUACUGUUUCCAAACGGAAGGCUCCUGACAUUAUAAAUAAAAAGAAAUCGGGCAACUAAUAAAUCUUUCUUAACUUCAUUUUCCGUUAAAAGAAAAAAAAAUGGCAGUCAUCAUGGGGAAAUGUGGGAUGACUGGAAAUAGAAAAUCAAGGAAUCCAAAUAUCUCAAUUUCAUCUGGGCAAAUUAUUGAGGCAGGAGAGUUGCACAUUAAAACCCUGGAAGCAUCCUAUAAUCUGCUAAUAAUGAAUGUUACGUAACCCUAUACUUUCAUUGACCAAAGUAGUGCAGCUUAUUGAGCACUCCUUGCUCAGGACUAAAAACUAAAAUGCUGUCGAAUUAACAUUUUGUUAGGGCUUUGGCCUACCACAGUAUUCAUAGAGAAAGACCUUGUUUUGUUUUCCCAUAUGGAGUGAUUUUAAUCUCAUGUUCUUAAAGGUUUCCUUUCUUUUAAUCUAAUUUGAUAUGCUGCUAUAAAUACAUUUUAAAUAUGUCUGUGAACCUUGAAAAACAUACUUAGGAGAAUUGCAAUAACGGUAUCAAGAAAGACUGUAAAUAUGUGAGUUAUAAAGAGAGAGACUGGGUUCCUGGGUGAAUUUUAAAAAUGUUGCAGUGCGUGCAGGUUGGAAGAUAUGUAUAAUUUAUCCAAAUGUUCAGGAUUUAAUUUGUAAAUUCAGCUAUUUUUAAAAGUUUAGAAUAAUUUUCAAGAAAAACGUUUUACUGUUUUAUUGGGUAUAAUGAUGGAGAAGAUGAGCUUAUAAAUGUAUAGCUUGAGGUAGUCCAUUGCUUAAAUUAAAAAAAAAACACUACAUAAC